UGAAGAACUUGUUGGACACUCAGCUGCCAGUCAGCUGCAUCGCUAAAUGUCUUGGUGUUUCAAGAAGAACAAUCUUCAGGAGGAUGCAAGAAUUUGACUUGUCUGUGAGAGGAACAUACAGCACAAUGAAUGACCAAGAGCUGGACAACAUCAUAUCGACUAUCAAAAAUCAGAUGCCAAAUGCUGGCUAUCGAAUGGUUCAAGGACAUUUGGUUUCUAUGGGUCUCCGUGUUCAGUGGUGGAGAAUGAUGGCCUCCAUGCAUCGAGUUGAUGCUGUUGGGAUCUUCACACGGAUUACAGAACUAGGCUGUGUUGUGCGAAGAAGCUACUCGGUGCGAGGCCCUCUCUCCCUUGUCCACAUAGACACAAAUCACAAGCUAAUAAGGUACAAUGUUGUGAUCUUUGGUGGAGUGGAUGGCUACUCAAGGAAGGUCCUGUACUUGGAUGCAGCAACUAACAACAGGGCAAAAACUGCAUUCUCAUUUUUCCUGAGAUCAGCCCAGCUUCACGGCUUGCCAUCAAGGGUUAGGGCAGAUCAAGGAGUAGAAAACCUGGACAUUGCACAUUUCAUGUUUGCCACAAGAGGAACAGGGAGAGCGAGUUUCAUAUCUGGAAAGAGUGUCCACAAUCAGAGAGUAGAACGACUUUGGCGUGAUGUCUGGAUUGCAGUCACUAGCAAGUACCAUGAUGUUCUUCACUCACUUGAGGAGGAUGGCCUGCUUGACAUUUCAGAUGUCAUUCAUCUCUUUGAUGUCCACUACAUCUUUGUCCCUCGACUCGAGCAGAUCUUGUCACCUUUGUUGGAGGAUGGAAUAAUCAUCCCCUCAGGACAGAAGGUGGUCUCACUCCUGAACAGCUCUGGUGUAUGGGACAUCUACAAGAGCUGGACGACGGCGAGAGACUUGAGGAGCUUCAGGAUCCAGGUAUUGACUGGGAGAGUGCUGUACUGCAAGAAGAAUCUAACAGCACAGUUGUGGUUCCUGAAAUUGAAUGCCCACUGGAUGAGGAAACCCUGGAGGGACUUCAGAGAACAAUUAAUCCCUUGGGACAUUCAGAAUCUUACGGUCGUGACCUGUAUAUACAAUUCUUGCUACUGGUGUCAAACCAACAGUGACACUUAAGAUGGACGUGAAAGUCAACGCUCUUUUGUUCUCA